AAAUUGAAACGUAGCGCCAAUAAGCACCGACUGGCGACAAGUAGACAAAAGUGAAAUGAUAUGACCAGAGACAGUGGUGGUUCUGUAGCUUAUCCUUUGACAGAGAAGCUACUUUACUUGUAACUACAAAGCCACUGCUCCUUAGUCCGUUCUCUGUACUUAUCUCAUACACUAGCUUUCUAGCUUUCUCAACUCUCUGAUCAACGUUUGUUUGACUGUGAACAACAGCCGCAAGAAGAGAAUUUCACAAAUAAUCAUGACCCUGGAUAUAACCAGCUUAGAAGCUCGGUAUAUUGAUUCUUGCAGGAAGCUUGAGACGCUACCCAACUCUACUGUGUCAUCGUGGUUAUCUGAGGCCAAGAUUCGGCACUCUUGCCAACAGAAGUGUACAAUUGUGGUUUUAUUAAAUAAGUUAAAGAAUGCUGAUAUCUCUCCGCUAAUUGACAUGUUCCGGGAAAUUGAAUCCUCUGAUAUUGAUGCUGUGGACAUACUUCACGGAACAUCUUGUUGCUUGAAAAAAGAAGAUAUUAUGUCUUUGAUGCAUACAAUCAACCAAAAGCUUCGAUUAGUUGAUCUUAGCCAGAUGGCACUGACAAAUGAUAUUUAGCGGGAUCUCUGCCAGGGUGGUUUGGCAUGCCAUGUCCUUAACCUGAGGUCGACCAAUAUCAGGAAGCUCAACAUGGAUGGAAAAUUCAUGCAUUUACACACCUUAAAUUUGGAUUUUUGUACUUCCCUGACUAGUUUUCAUGAGGACUGUUUUUCUUGCAUGCCAAAUCUGAUGUGUCUUUCAAUGUGCGAGACCCGAAUUUCUAAUCUCUGGACAACUACCGCUGCCCUAUCAAAACUCCCUUCCCUAAAGGAAUUACGAUUCCAAAAUUGUUUGUGUUGCAAGCACACUGGGGCAUGUCCUGCAUUGUCAGGUGAGAAUGCAAAUGGUGAUUUAACGUCAGUUAGUGGUGCAGAUGUUACAAAUCAAGCUUCUGCUGCUGAUGACAGAGUAAAAGAUAGCGAGAAUCAUGACAGAUAUAAGAAUUUGUCAGAUACUUAUGCAGUUGAGCUUUCAAACUACCUUCAGAGAAUGAAUUUACUUGAGCUAUCAUCUGAUGCCCUUCCAAAUUUGAAUGGACGUUUUGAAAUACCAGAUGAGAUUCUUGACAAUCAUGAACUUCUAGUAAGAUUGCAUAAGCAGGAUGUGCCGACUGCUACUGUUAAAUUAAAGAAGUAUAGUUCCCACCAUCCUUCACCCAUAUGCUUUGAGAAACACUAUCGGGAGUACAUGGUUGCAUCAUUACCUCAUUUAGAAGUUUUAGACAAUUUGCGUAUUGGAAAGAUGGAUAGAGAAAUGGCAAAGUAUGUCUUUUGUAAAUACUUUGAGUAUUUACCAUAUAAGAGAAAGCACAAAGAAAAUAUGGUUAAUGUUUUGCAGAAGCGUGAAAUGGGAACAAGUGGUAUGUAUUACCAAAGUUCUUCAAAGCUAAAUAAGCCUAAUCGUUGCAGAAAGAGUCAGCAUUUCUUCUCGAGGUCGCUUAGUGCUGCUAAGCUUGGGUCUUCUGCAUGCCCACUCUUACAUCCAUUGUCAAGCUUUAGUCAUGUAUAUAAAGAAGAAAAUAAGAGGCUUCGUCCAAGGCAGUUUGAGUAUCAUCCAUCUAAUUCUAGUCUUAUGGCUUUUGGAACACUGGAUGGUGAAGUAGUUGUUAUCAACCAUGAAAAUGGGAACAUUUCUAAUUAUAUCCCAACCAUAGGAGUGACGAGCAGUGUUCUGGGGCUCUGUUGGCUUAAGAAGUAUCCGUCCAAGCUUGUUGCAGGUUCAGAUAAUGGAUGCCUUAGGUUGUUUGACACCAAUCAUAUGCCACAUACAGUUGCAGAUCCAUGGGAGAAUUCUGGUGUGGUCAAUUUUAAAGAUUUCGAGCAGUUGACGUCUAUACAUGUGAAUUCAACAGAUGAUCAUUUUCUUGCUAGUGGUUACUCUAAAAAUGUUGCUCUAUAUGACAUUAACAGUGGAAAACAGUUAGAAGUGUUCACUAACAUGCAUCGGGAGCCCAUUAAUGUUACCAAAUUUGCCCAUCAUUCCCCCUUUAUAUUUGUUACUUCAUCAUUUGACCGUGACGUCAAAAUGUGGGAUUUGAGGCAGAAACAAGAACAGCCUUGCUAUACAGCUUCAAGUUCAAGAGGAAAUGUGAUGGUCUGCUUUUCUCCUGAUGACCUCUAUCUUCUUGUUUCAGCUGUGGACAACGAGGUUAAGCAACUGUCGGCUGUAGAUGGAAGGCUCCACAUGAAUUUCGACAUAACUUCAACAGGAAGUGCAUAUAACUACACCCGUUCGUAUUACAUGAAUGGAAGGGAUUAUAUUAUCAGUGGCAGUUGUGAUGAACACGCUGUCCGCAUCUGCUGUGCUCAAACUGGAAGACGAUUGAGGGAUGUUUAUUUGGAGGAUAGUGAGUCCGGAAAAUCUCUAUCUGUGCAGUCCUUAAGGGGAGAUCCCUUCAGGGAUUUUCACAUGAGUGUCUUAGUUGUGUCUUCGCGUCCCAGCUCAAAGUGGGAGAUCAUGAAGGUUAAUUUACUUGCCUCUAGUCGCCUUGCUGAAGAAUAUUCUUACGGUCGACCUAUACGUUCUUCCUACUGUCUGGGAGGUUGACAUUAUGAUGAUAACACAUCAUUUUUUUUGGGUUAUCAUUUUUAUGUACGUAUGUGUAUAUAUGUAGAUAAACAUGUAUGUAUAACAAAUUGUGGGCCUUUCUGUCUGUAUGCAUUGAGGGCAAUUCUUGAUUUUGUCCAUUUAACUGAGUGAAGAGUCAUACACAUGUAUUAACCAGGCAUUAUUGGAACGGUGCUUUUAAAUGUUCCCAGUAAUGAAAAUACACUUGAGGCUUGUGGCUUAUUGUCA